AUGGCCCCAAAGUUGACCAUCACCCACAUCGGAACAGCGACGUCCAUUCUCACCAUCAACGGAAUCAACUUCCUCACGGAUCCUUUCUUCUCGCCUGCAGAAUCAUCCUUUCCCCUUUUCGGUGACUUUUCUCUCAGGGUCGAGGACGACCCAGCGCUCGGUCUGGAGCAACUCCCCAUCAUCGACGCCGUGCUUUUGAGCCACGAAGACCAUGUCGACAAUCUAGACGACUAUGGCCGCCAGCUUCUCAACGGUAGACUCGUUCUCACUACCGUUGAUGGCGCGAGGAACCUCGCACCCCGCCCAGGAGUCCGCGGCCUGAAGCCGUGGGAGAAAGUCAGCGUCAAGAUUGCUGGCAAUGACUUCCAGAUCAUCGGCACCCCGACUCAACAUGUCAAGGGCCAAGAAUGCACAGGCUUCAUCAUCACCAACGAAGACUUCGGCACCGGCCGCGAUGGUCUUCCCAAUGCCAUCUGGUUCUCUGGCGAUACUGUCUAUCUCCCUGAGUUCAGGAAGAUUGCCGAAGAGUAUCACAUCUGCGCCGCGAUCUUCAAUCUGGGUAAUGCGCACGCCCCCGAGGAUAUGAAUGACCUCGCCGGUCCGAAGUAUCAGAUCACCAUGGAUGGCAAAUCGGCUGCGCAGCUGUUUCGCGAGAUCAAGGCUGAUGUUUUGGCUCCUAUGCACUACGAGUCUUGGCAUCACUUCACGCAGUUUGGAGACGAGCUGAGAGAGGUGUUUGAAGAGGCAGGUAUCAUUAGCCAGGUGCGGUGGCUGAAAGGUGGAGUGCCGGUGUCAGUCCUUUGA